UAAAACGAAACGCAUAUAAUAGCGUUCUGACAGGUACGUCGACUCAAGUGUCAACCAACCCAACGCGAAUAUCAGCUGUGGUUGUAAACGUCAAAUGGCUUAUGGCGGAGAGCGAGUGUGAUUAGAACACGUCAGUAUUUUGGGUUUAUAAAUAUUACACGUAUUGAAUAAGAAAUAAUCAUUUAAUUUAAACUUGGUAUACUGUGCAUGUAGUGUGGUAAUUUGGUAGUGUUGUGUUUCGAGAAAACUCCGGGAUCGAUAAAGGGGUAUAUCACCAUGGGGAACGCUAAAGGCAACGUGAUAAAUAUGUUGAUUAGUUUCGCUGUAUUGCCGUUUGUUGUUUGUGAUGUACAACUUUCCGGCGUCAACCCUAAUAUCCUGACUCAAUCUAAAAGCCUCGGCGACUGUCAAGCCUGUAAAUUAUUCGUAGACUCUUUCAAAAAAGGCCUAGAGCGGACGUCCAGAGGUAAAUACGAAGGCGGCGACGCUGCGUGGGAAGAAGAGAAGCUUAAACUAUCGUAUAAACGAAGUGAGAUGCGUUUAAUUGAUAUACAGGAUGGCCUCUGCAAGGAGGGCAAGCACUCUAUCCAAUGCCACCAUAUGGCUGAAAAGGCUGAGGAAUUUAUCGAGACAUGGUGGGCGCAAGACCCCGACGCGCCGACUGACUUGUUUACUUACAUUUGUAUUGAAAAUAUGAAAGUGUGCUGUCCACCCCACCAUUUUGGCAAAGACUGUGCACCUUGCCCAGGUGAUCACGAGAAAUUGUGCAGCGGCAAUGGUAAAUGUAGAGGCGAUGGGACCAGGAAGGGUAACGGAACAUGUUUAUGUGAUACAGGGUACAUCGGAGAAAACUGUGACCAGUGUGCUUCUGGCUAUUACCUGUCAUACAAAGAUGACAGCAAAAUGCUCUGUUCUAAGUGCCACAUGUCUUGUACAGGCGGCUGCAGAGCUGGGUCACAGAAGGACUGUGUGGCUUGCAAGCCAGGCUUUGUAUUUGAUUCCGAUGAAGGAUGUUUAGACAUCAAUGAAUGUGAUGAUGAAAACAGAUGCUCAAAGGACCAGUUUUGUAUGAACUCUAUUGGGUCCUUUACUUGUAUGACUUGCGAUAAGUCUUGUAACAGUUGCCAUGGUGACGGACCAGACAUGUGCCGGAAGUGUGCAAAGGGUUACUCAAAGAAGGGCGAGUUCUGUAUAGCUGAUAGAGAGGAUGAGGACCAGUCAGAGAAGCUGACUACCACAAGGUACAUGACAUACGUGGGCCUGCUGAUAGCUACCGGGAUACUUCUCCCAAGGUCCACAUCACUAGGCAGCAUCGUAGGAGCCAUGGUGCUAUCCUACAUAGUCGGUGCGGAGUACUACUGCAUGAUAAACGGGCACACCGGUCUCGUUGAUCUGAAGAACUUCGAUUUAAGUCAGAUGUUUCAUACAUAGAUGGUUUAAAUAAGUAAUGGUAGGAAUAUCUUGAAGAUAGGGUAAGAUAUGAGAUUAUAAUCUUUAGAUAUUUCUUCUAUUAUAAUUUUUCGUAAAUUAAGGAGUAAUUUAUUCAAUAAAUAAAUCAAGUAUGAGUGCAAUCAAGUUUCGAAGCAGGAUUUUUCCGAUUGUGGGAGUGAGAUAGCGCACUACAUAAGACUUAUUGGCGUCUCGUUCACACCACUGUGAAGGCCCUGCUAUAAUGUCUCAGAGUUAAGCAGGUUUAAGACAAUUUUAAUAUUUAAGUAGGUUUGUUGUAACUUAUUAUAUAUUCAAUUGAAUUGUAUUUCGUUAGUCUUGUACUUACGUUUGUAAAACAAAUGAUAGUGACGACUUGAAACCUGUGAAUGAACGAAAGUUUGCGAUCAUUUGAGUCACCGGAGUUUAUGUACAAUUUUGUGUGGUGCUGCAGUAAGUGAUAUUAAUUUAAUUUUAUGUGAUGUUUUUUUGUUAUGUCAAUUUAAGCUUUUUUGCAUUUUUUUUGCGGAUUUAAGUUUAGGUGUGUUAUUCCAUCCAGACGACGGGUUUUGUUUUGUUUUUUUUUGUGUAAAAUAUUCGGUUGUCUGUGGUACAGUCACCGUUAAAAGUACUAACCUCCAUGAAUAUAUUUAGAUUUCUAAUCAAUGCUCAACAAUAUUAUUCCUUGAUUAGAUAUUCUUGAAAUGGGUAAUAUUUAUUUAAACUGUGUAAGAGUGAAUCAAGUUUACCUUUCGUCGUUGACUGUACAAUGGAAAGUGUUCGUAGAUUAAGUUACUAAAGUAUUUUAAUACAUGCAAUAGGUACAAUCUGAGGUGAAAUGUUUUGUGAAAGUGAAAUGAAUGCAUGAACAGAUAAUAAAAAUAGCUCAAUAUUA